AGAGCGAGCCGUGGGGGACACUGAGUCGGGGCUGGCAGAGACGCUUCCCUGCAAUGAGGCGGCGCCAUAUUGCAGUACGGCAGAGAAGCUGUGGUGGGUGCCAUUUUGCAUCCGAACGGGAGAUGAGAAUAGACUCGCUCUUUUUCGCCGCCUGGGCGCCGCCAUUUUAGGUGUCUUCAUAAAAUGCCCGUUGAGAAUCCCCUCUUUUUUGCUCCGCUCCCAAGAUGGCGUCGAUGCGGGAGAGCGACACUGGCCUGUGGCUGCACAACAAACUGGGCUCCACAGACGAGCUGUGGGCGCCGCCGAGCAUUGCCUCGCUGCUCACAGCUUCGGUGAUCGACAACAUCCGCCUCUGUUUUCACGGGCUCUCCUCGGCCGUCAAGCUGAAGCUACUCCUGGGGAUGCUGCACCUGCCCCGCCGGGCGGUGGAUGAGAUGAAAGGGGCACUGACUGAAAUUGUCCAGCUUGCUACCUUGGAUUCAGACCCUUGGGUCUUAAUGGUAGCUGAUAUUUUAAAAUCCUUUCCAGAUACUGGCUCCCUUAACCUUGAUCUUGAAGAACAGAAUCCCAAUGUUCAAGAUAUUUUAGGAGAGCUUAGAGAAAAAGUAAGUGAAUGUGAAACUUCAGCUAUGUUGCCGUUGGAAUGCCAAUACUUAAACAAAAAUGCCUUGACAACACUAGCUGGGCCACUUACUCCCCCAGUGAAACACUUCCAGCUGAAAAGGAAACCUAAAAGUGCCACUCUCAGAGCUGAACUCUUGCAGAAGUCAACAGAAACUGCACAACAGCUCAAGAAGACUGCAGGAGUGCCUUUCCAUGCCAAAGGCAGAGGCCUGGUCAAAAAGAUAGAUACAACAACACCACUCAAAGGAAUACCAAAACAAGCUCCUUUCAGGAGUACUUCAGCACCCAGUGUGUUUAGUUCUUCUGGAAACAGAACUCCUAUUCCUCCUUCAAGAACACCUUUGCGCAAAGAAAGAGGAGUAAAGCUUCUAGAUAUCUCUGAGCUGGAUAUGGUGGGUGCUGGCCGUGAAGCAAAGAGAAGAAGAAAGACAUUAGAUACAGAAGUUGUGGAAAAGCAAGCCAAAGAAGAAACGGUAGUAGAAAAUGCUACCCCAGAUUAUGCUGCUGGCCUUGUGUCUACACAGAAACUUGGCUCACUGAACAAUGAGCCUGCACUACCUUCUACAAGUUAUUUACCUGCUACACCCAGUGUGGUGCCAUCGUCCUCGUAUAUCCCAAGCUCUGAAACACAGCCAGCUGGUUCUACACGAGAGGCCUUGCAGACUACCCGGCAGACCGAGGAGCCUACAGCUCCAAAUGCUACUACAACUCUUCCUGCACAGUUCAAACAGAGAACACCCAUGUACAAUAGCAACUCAAACCCACCUGCAGCCACACCUACCUCACCUCUAACACCUACCACACCUCCUGCCAUUUCCCCUGCAGCACAGGCACCACAAGUGGCCCCCCAAACUCAGCAACAGCCACCACCAAAAAAGAGCCUCUCUCUCACAAGGGAGCAAAUGUAUGCUGCACAGGAAAUGUUCAAGACUGCAAACAAAGUUACAAGGCCAGAAAAGGCUCUUAUACUUGGAUUCAUGGCAGGAUCCAGAGAGAAUCCUUGCCAAGAGCAGGGUGACAUCAUCCAAAUUAAACUUAGUGAGCAUACAGAAGAUUUACCAAAGGCAGAUGGCACUGGCAGCACCACUAUGUUGGUUGAUACGGUCUUUGAAAUGAACUAUGCUACUGGUGAAUGGACCAGAUUCAAGAAGUACAAACCUAUAACUAAUGUUUCCUAAGAGAUGCAGCAACAGCAGACUGGACCAAAUCAAGCUCAGAGUCAACCAGCUCUUAGAGUAUGUCAACUGUACAAAAUGGCAUUCAUGUGUACAUUUCUUAGUACCCUCCAGAAUAGAAGCUGUGGCUCUUCGACUUAACUGAGCUCAGUGAACACAAAAGAUGGUGUCAAAUUUGCUUUUUCUUUUUUAAUCAUGGGAGAGGGAAAGGUGAUCUGGGGGGUGGGGGAGAUGAUGUUGGUGUGUUUCUAUUUUCCUACAGUUCAAGAUGCCAGAAAAGAAGAUCACAACUGAAAGAUUACAGAUGGGAGCAGUUUACUUCUGAGUACCAGAAGAGAAGACUACUGCACAGUCAUUCACGGUUUACCAUUAAACAAGGGCACAGAUCUUUAUUGUAAAAAUAUUUUCUUUGGCUACAUGGGUUCUAUUGUAAGAAUGGACAUUAAAGCACCACAUGCUGGUGCUUGAUUGGUUUGUAAUUCAGCUGCAGUAUAACUAAGUAUUGCAGGUGGUAGAUGUCCAGUGUCUAAUGGUACCCACUGUGUUUAGCUUAUUUAUGCUUGGGUGACAGAAUGAGAUGGAGCAACUUUGUUAACUCGAUAUAUUUUCAGUGUCCAUGCCCAGCAUGAGUUAAUUUAUACCUGACAUUAUUUGAGAUCAGGAGAAACUGAAUGUUGGACCUUUCUGAAGAAAAACAAAACCAAAAUUAAGAAGAAAGUAGCGGGGGCUUGUCACUGCCUAGAAAUGAUGGCCCUUUGCUAUGUAAGUAGAAGUUGAUGUGUGACUCUUGCAUAGCAAGCUGUUGAACAGCAUCACUUACCUGGGGGGAAGUGAAACUGUAACAUCUCAAGACCAAUUGCAGCUUGAUUUAAAAAUGGCCUUAGAAAGGAUUGAGUGACACCUGUCUGAACAGAGGUGGUUGGGAAGGUUUGUUGUCUUGAGGCAGUGUUUGGUUGGUUGAGUUUGAUUGCCAAGCCCUGAUACAAACACUUUUGAAUGACUGUAGCUGUGGUUCUUACCAGUGUAGUUAUAUCAGUGUCAUCACUAGUGUGGCCACAAUUAUACUGGCAUAUAAAUGUGCCUUAUACUUGUCUCCUUCUAGUAGAAGCACGUUUUUAUCUUUAUAACUGUGUUCACACCACUGGUAUAAUUUGGCUUUAAUAGGACAAAUAAAAGCUUGCUUUUAUUGAGAGAGCUUAUGUUCAUAGUCCAGGAUUCAUCCUUUGGAAACUUGGUUUCAUCACCUGAAGGAGGCUUGAGUUGAAUGUCUGGGUUCUACCAGUACUUGUGUGUGGAGCUGUGCUUGGUUGGAAAUAGUGCUGGGGAGGUACCUUGAACUGACUAGAGGCUCAUCUUGAAGUGGAACUCUUAAGAUAAAAUGAGGCUUUUAUCUUUUUUUUAAUGGAAAAGCAGACCAAAUCCAGUAAGUACUCUUAUAUACUAACAAAGACACUUAGAUGAUUGAUUAGAGCCUUUUUGUAUUGGGGCAUUUUUAUUGCAUUUUAUUUUUAGUUUGUCAAGCAAAUUACCCAACAGGACAGGGCAAGUGUAAGUAAUAAGAAACCUGUAUUCUACAGUUUUAAGAUGUGACCAAAAGUGUAGGUUUCUUAACUUUAAUCAAGCAAAUACACAGAAUGUUCUAGCUCCUGCAGUGGGCAAGUUAUUUGAUGAUAGCUGCUACCAUCACGCAGUGUUGUGUAUGCAUUAGUGUGCAAGUUACUCCCAGAUAACUGUCAUACUGGGGGCUCUCCUCCACAUCAGUACCCCAUUUCAGAAGCAACCUAGAUUGUGAUUCUGAUUGCAGUUUUACUUUAUACAGCUAGAAACCAGCCUGACAAGUGAGGAUGAGCAGUGAGGUUGUUUUUUAGGAGUUCAGUAGAAUGUGUUUUCAUGGUUCUAACUUACUUGGUUAUAGUAGAUUACACGGGGCUAACAAUAGACUAUGAAAGUGUUCACCUUAGAAAGGUUUAAAGAAAAGUGACAUUCCUUUUCUUGUCUGCAUUAUUCAGAUUUUACAGCUUUCUUGCGAUGACCAGUUUUAUGUACACAUGUAUGAUACUCCUGUCUUAACUGUUGCUGCUUGCUACAUAAGCUGCAAAUACCAAAUACAAUUUUUAACAUGAAACUUCUUGAAAA